GAAGGGCUGCAGUGUUAAUAUUUAUCCACACAGAACCAAGCUAGCCUUCAGUCCACAGACUCACAGCGUUGGAGAAUGCUCCCCUGAGCAGCCAAGAAGCUAGAAAAGCAAGUCCUCCUACCUCCUCUGCUGGGCAAGGCUGGAUGGUCCCCCCCUGCGAAGAUGAUCUCAUGUAGGAAGCUCUGUUGGCGCUAUCAUGUGUGGACCCUGGGCUGCUACAUGCUGCUGGCCGUCGUUGCUCUGAAACUGUCCCUCAGACUGAAGUGUGACUUUGAUGUCGUGGAUCUGAACUCGAAGGAAUUUCAAAGCCAGCACUGCAGGGAUUUCCUGUACAAGACCCUGAAGCUGCCAGCAAAGAGGCCCAUCAACUGUUCCGGGGUCACUCGAGGGGAGCAGAAUGCAGUGAUCCAGGCUCUGCUGAAUAACCUGGAGAUUAAGAAGAAGCGGCAGCCCUUCACAGAGGCCGACUACCUUAGCAUGACAGCAGACUGUGAGCAAUUCAAGACCAAAAGGAAGUUCAUACAGUUCUCGCUGAGUAAAGAAGAGGCCGACUUCCCCAUUGCGUAUUCCAUGGUGGUUCACGAGAAGAUCGAGAACUUUGAAAGGCUGCUGCGCGCUGUGUACACUCCUCAAAACAUAUACUGUGUCCACGUGGAUCAGAAGUCCCCAGAAACUUUCAAGCAGGCAGUCAGGGCCAUUGUGUCGUGCUUCCCAAAUGUCUUCAUAGCUAGUAAGCUGGUGUCAGUGGUCUAUGCUUCCUGGUCUAGGGUGCAGGCUGACCUGAACUGCAUGGAAGACUUACUCCAGAGCUCCGUGCCAUGGAAAUACCUCCUCAACACCUGUGGGACAGACUUUCCCAUCAAGACCAAUGCUGAGAUGGUCCAGGCCCUCAAGCUAUUGAAUGGGCAGAACAGUAUGGAGUCAGAGGUACCACCCCCACAUAAAAGGUUCCGCUGGACAUAUCACUAUGAGGUGAAAGACACAUUGUACAAUACCGGCAAGAGAAAGACCCCUCCGCCUAAUAACAUAACCAUGUUUACUGGGAAUGCCUACAUGGUGGCUUCUCGAGACUUCAUUGAGCAUGUAUUAAACAACGCCAAAGCCCAACAACUAAUCGAAUGGGCAAAAGACACCUACAGUCCCGAUGAGCACCUUUGGGCCACCCUCCAGCGUGCCUCCUGGAUGCCUGGAUCAGCUCCCUCGCACCCCAAAUUUGACCUCUCAGACAUGAGAGCUAUUGCAAGGCUAACCAAGUGGCAGGACCAUGAGGGAGACAUCGAGGACGGGGCGCCCUACACACCUUGUUCAGGAGUCCACCAGCGGGCUGUCUGCAUUUAUGGGUCUGGGGACCUGCACUGGAUACUUCAGAACCAUCACCUCUUGGCCAACAAGUUUGACCCAAAGGUGGAUGAUAAUGUUCUUCAGUGUUUAGAGGAAUAUUUACGUCACAAAGCCAUCUACGGGACUGAACUGUGAGACAGACUGCAAGGUGAUUGCUGUCCCGUAUGGCGGGAAAUGCCAGGACUUACUGGGGCAAUGUGGGGUAGGCAUCUGGGGCCCUGGACUCCAUUGCUCGAUAGAGUGAGGGGGCUGCUACUGGAGCAUGGGUAAGUAGAUCUCUGCCAGCUGUGAGCUGCUGCUGGUGAAUGUGGCUCUUCUCCAGCCACAUUUUCCCCAAGAGCCCCUCUUCGGCUUGCUUCCUCAGAACCAGACCAAGAGCCACUGUCCUUUGGGAGAAUAAGGUAGGAACACAUGGCCAGGGACUCUAGAUUCUGGGUGGAGGUUUCCCGUGAGGCUCUCUCCUGAGACUCUGUUUUAAAUAUACCUGGGCUUUGUCAUGUCGUGGAAAGACCCCUCCCCUUUUGUACUGUUAACUUAAAAUAAAUAGUAUCCAAACCAAAAAGUCCCGUCCCUACAGUGUUAUCUGUGAAUC